AUGUGUUUGCUCUGUACGCAGUACGAACUGAGCCGAGAGUUUCGGCGCACUCUGCGCGCUCGGUGCAGGGAGCUGGCAGAUGAGUCUGACUUUACAGAUAAUUCGGACUCUACCGAUGAGUCUGGCUUUACCGAUGCUUUGGACCCUGCAGAUGAAUCGGACUCUGCAGAUGAGGCGGACUCUGCAUAUGAGUCGGACUUUGCAGAUGAGCUGGAUCUGGCGGCUGGAGAGGCCCUGAAUGAUGCUCUGAUCCAACAAGAUUGGAGUGGCAUCGAUGUGCCAUUCCAUCUAGUACCUCAAGCGGCCGAGGAGCAACGGCCCUCGGUCGAACAUAUCGAAUAUCGAGACGGCGAGCCUUACGAGGAGCCGCCUCCGCCGUACGAGCCUAGAGAGGGCGAACCUCACGAGCAGCCACCUCCGUCGUACGAACGUCCGGCACGACGUUACUUAUACUUCUUCAAUAUCCACGACAACCCUGUUUCGGAUGAUGAGGCUCUAGAGGACUAUUUUCAAAGACAAGCCUCAAGAGGAUGA